GCAGCUGCCACCCUGCAGGCUGAGUGGAGCCCCUGCAUGGAGCUUGGGACUCAAGCCCCUCAUGUCUGCCCUGCUGAUGCUGUGUGUUGUCCUCCUGUCCCUGGUGACCCCCGGCCAAGCCACCCAGCCUUGGGAGCCCUGCACAGAACUGCGUCCCUUGGACAUCCUGGCAGAGGUGGCCCCUUCCGAUGGUGCCACGAGCGGGAUCAGGAUGGUACAGACUGGUGGCGCGCGGGGGCUCCAGCUCUCUGCAGCGGCCCUCCAUGCCAUGAGCUUUCCUUCUUCAAGGAUUUUCUUUGGAUGUGACCUCUUCCCCGAAGAAUUUUCCAUUGUUGUAACCUUGAAAGUCCCCAACCUUCCACCCAAGAAGAACGAGUACCUGCUCACGGUGGUGGCAGAGGAGAGCGACUCGCUGCUGCUGGGCCUGCGGUACUCGCCCACCCAGCUACAUUUCCUGUUCCUCCACGAGGACGCAGCCGGCGCCUGGCAGACCCGCGUGUCCUUCCGCAAUCCUGCUUUGAUGGACAACCAGUGGCACACUCUGGUCCUGGCCGUGUCCACAGGCUUCUUUUCCCUCACUACGGACUGCGGGCUCCCAGUGGACAUAAUGGCUGAUGUGCCCUUUCCGGCCACCCUCUCGGUGGGAGGAGCUCGGUUCUUCAUUGGCAGCCGAAGAAGAAACAAAGGCCUAUUCACGGGCCUGGUAAGGCAGCUGGUCCUGCUCCCAGGUGCGGAUGCCACCCCCAGGCUAUGUCCCAACAAGAAUGCCCCGCUGGCUGUGCUGUCCAUCCCACGGAUCCUGCAGACUCUCACGGGGAAGCCAGAAGAUAACGAGGUGCUAACAUAUCCCUAUGAAACCAACAUGAGAGUGACUCUGGGACCCCAGCCACCGUGUACUAAGGUGGAGGAUGCGCAGUUCUGGUUUGAUGCCGGCCGGAAGGGGCUGUACCUGUGCGUGGGCAGCAAGUGGGUCUCUGUGUUGGCAGCCAAGGAAAGACUGGACUACGUGGAGGAGCAUCAGAACCUGUUCACCAACGCAGAGACCUUGGGCAUCGAGGUGUUCCGCAUCCCCCAGGUUGGGCUCUUUGUGGCAAUGGCCAAUCGCAAAACCACAUCCACCAUCUACAAGUGGACGGACGGAAAGUUCGUGUCGUAUCAGAACAUCCGCACACACCAGGCACAGGCCUGGAGACACUUCACCAUUGAGAAGAAGAUCUUCCUUGUUGUGGCCAAUUUUGAACCCAAUGAAAAGGGCCAGGAGUUCUCAGUCAUCUACAAGUGGAGCCACAGGAAGCUGAAGUUCACCCCAUACCAGAGGAUUGCUACCCACAGCGCCCGGGAUUGGGAGGCCUUCGUGGUGAAUGGGGAGCACUUCCUGGCGGUAGCCAACCACCGGGAAGGUGACAACCACAACAUCAACAGUGUCAUCUACAAGUGGAACCCAGUAACUCGCCUCUUUGAGGCCAACCAGACCAUUGCCACCUCGGGUGCCUAUGACUGGGAGUUCUUCACAGUGGGGCCCUAUUCGUUCCUGGCGGUGGCCAACACCUUCAACGGCACUUCCACAAAGGUGCCCUCCCACCUGUACAUCUGGCUCGUGGGCUCCUUCCAGCUCUUCCAGUCUUUCCCGACGUUCGGUGCAGCAGACUGGGAAGUCUUCCACAUUGGGGAGAGGAUCUUCCUGGCUGUCGCCAAUAGUCACAGCUACGACGUGGAGCUGCAGGUGCAGAACGACUCCUACGUCAUCAACUCAGUCAUCUACGAGCUGAAUGUGACCGCGCAGGCCUUCAUCAAGUUCCAGGACAUUCCCACCUGCAGUGCUCUGGACUGGGAAUUUUUCUCAGUGGGAGAAGAUUAUUUCCUGGUGGUUGCAAACUCCUUUGAUGGAAAUACCUUCUCAGUGAACAGUAUUAUUUACAGGUGGCAGGGCUACGAGGGCUUUGUGGCGGUGCACAGCCUCCCCACCAUUGGCUGCAGGGACUGGGAGGCCUUCAACACCACGGCCGGUGCCUACCUCAUCUACUCCAGUGCUAAGGAGCCCCUCUCCAGGGUCCUGCGGCUGAGGACACACUGAGGGAGAAUAGGCUGCCCAGGAGCAGGGUGACAAGCUGGGGCAGGCCCCCAGCACCUCCUGACCAAGCAGCCUUGGACAUCCUAGCAGGCCGGGCCUGGGGCAGCCCAGGCCUGGGCAGCAGGUGGGGUUCAGGUGGGGCCGUUUGCUGCUCUUGUUCAGAUGGGGAUGUCCACCCACCUCUG